AUGUUGUUGACGAACCCGAUCGAGGAGGACGUGUUCGAACGAACCAACGAAAACGAGGACGAGGAGAAAGCGUGCGAAAAAGAACGAGCGAGGAGACGAUUAGUAUUGGAAGAAUCGUCGUCGUCCUAUGUGUCGUCUGAGCAGGCAAAAGUGGCGUUUGCUUUUCUCUCAAAAUCCAAAUCGUCGUCGUCGUUGGGAAGAAACACCGAAGAAGAAGAAGAAAAAGGCAUCGAAACGAUCGCGUUCUUCUCGAACAGCCGAGUGCCUCUGACGGUGUGCGAGGAGAUUUUAUCCUCGUUUAAGAGGGAAAACAAAAAGUUUGAGAAGAUUGGCCACGUGAAAGUAUCAGGCGUGAGCGAACGGAACGACUGUUUGAGCGACGAUUUUGAUGACGAUGAUGAUUUUGACGACGAGAACACAAAACGAAACGAGACGUUCACGAGAACGUGCGACGUGUAUUACCAGAGAGAAACGAAGAUCGCUCUCGUGAAGUGUACGUACGACGUUCCCGUGGAAAAUGCGACGAGAUGGGCGGAAACAGUUUUAAAGAGUCUCUUUCCAGACGACGACGAUGAAGGAAGGAUGCGUAGUCGUCAAACAUCGCCGCUACGAAAGGCGUUCGUCGUCACGUCGUUCGUUUCCUCGUACGCCGACGAUACGGACGCGGAUGAAAACGGUUUCGGUGAUAGCGCUCGUUUUGCCGUGCAAUACGUAGGGAACGAGGCGUACACUACUUAUUCGAAUACAAAAACACGUAAAAAUAGCACAAAUAAGAAACCUUUAUCGGUAGGCCGGGCCGUCGUCGGCGCCGGGGCGGCGUUGUUCAACCGCUUGAACCAGAUGGCAAACGACGGCAAAAGCGCCGAGAGGACGAGAACAAAAAUAGCCUUGCUCACAUGCCCGGACGAGCGUUCGUUUUCGGGAACCGCGGACGAUAUCAUCGACGUUCGCGCUUUGAAAAACAUCGUGGAUGUUUUACGAGAAGAUUUUGACGACGACGAGAAUACAGAGGAGAAGGACGAAUGGAGCGAGCUCUUACGGUCGGUGGACGAAACCGCGUUGAACGAAUGGGCGAGAAAAGGCGGUCGUCAUCGUAAUCGACACCAUCUUCAGCGCGACGCGACGAAUUCUUCCAUCUCGUUCGUCGCCGACGAUAACUUGUUUUCUUAA